UUAAAGCGCUUCGCUCUUCACUACACUACAUAGUGUCAUUAGUUGGCUGGGCAAAAAUCGAAUCGCUCCAUAUAUUGGUCCUUAAAAUUUUAAUUUCUUCGAACUCAAAAAAACAACAUGGGUGUGCCAGCUGGAAACGCUGAAAAUGGAAAGAAAAUCUUCGUCCAGAGGUGUGCACAGUGCCACACCGUUGAAUCUGGUGGCAAACACAAAGUAGGCCCCAACCUUAAUGGUUUCUUUGGUCGUAAGACUGGUCAGGCAGCUGGAUUCUCAUAUUCAGAUGCCAACAAGGCUAAAGGUAUCACCUGGAAUGACGACACCCUGUUCGAAUACCUUGAGAACCCCAAGAAGUACAUCCCCGGUACCAAAAUGGUGUUCGCGGGCUUAAAGAAAGCCAAUGAACGUGCAGACCUUAUUGCUUACUUAAAACAGGCCACCAAGUAAAUAAAGUUCAAUUUAGAUAAAAAUAAGGUAGGAGGUAUUUUCCAUUAUAUUUCUGGAAACUACUUUCUAUUUUUAGCCCAAUCAGUAUCAUCAAAAAUGUAUUUUGCAAUGUUAAAAUUGCAUUACACAUUUAGUAAAUAAUAUUACCAUGUCAAGUUUAAUUAGACUAUGUUCAUUGAAUACAAGACAUUGUGUGGAGAAUCGAUUACUCAUAGCUUAACAAUGUUGUGAAUGGUUAUAAUGUUAUUAAAUUAUUAAUAGAUGUCA